UCAGUCACUCCAACACUCUAUUCCCCUAUUUCAUCUUUUCUUUGUACUAAAAACUUAAAACCCUCAAAAGCCCUAAUUCCAAAUCUCCGGCGAAAUGCCCGGCCUUCUAACAAACUCCGGCGACUCAUCCUCCAUUGUCCCCUACUCUCCAACAACCACCACACCUACCGUCUACACUCUCCACCACGGUCUCACCUCCCCAAUCACACCUCGUCUCUCCAUCUCAUGGUCCCGCGGCAACUCCUUACGCGUCACGGUUUUCCGAUCACCGGAGCCUGCUUCCAACUCUGGCGACGAUGAAGCCGGCGGUAAAGUAGUAGAUUUGAAGCUCAGCGGUGAAGAUAUUGAUAGUGAGAUCAGUGAUGCUGCUCGGUGGCGUAGGAUAGCGUACGGUUCGGUGGCUCCGUUUGCGCAUCUGCAGAAUAAGAAGAAUGCUAUGGCGGCGUUGGCGGAGCUGCGGCAUUCGGUUUCGUACGACGGCGAGUGGUCAAAAUAUGUUCUCGAGUAUAGCAAGCAAAUUAAUUCUCUUCUAGGAAGCAAGAAAUCUAGUCCUCCCUCGUUAAUCGAAGAUCCAAAGACAGUAUUGAAGAAGGUUGAGGAGCCAAACUCUUUGAAAGCUGCAUGGGAGCUGCUGGAAAUAUUUUAUGCAGACAAACAGUCUCACCCUUGGAUCCCUGAACAACUUGUUGAUUGGUUAUCUGAUUAUGAUGCUCUGUUCUCUGGACAAGUGCCAAGUGUUCAUUUAAGGCUGGUUGAGUUUCAAGCAGAACUUAUUAAUAUGCAGGCAGUUGAAAAUGAGCCUGCAUAUUGGCAAGCAAUUUCUUCAGCACUUGCAGUUGGCUGGCUAGACAUUGUGGUGAAAUUGUUGCGUUUACAUGGAUCUUAUCAGCUUCAUCAGCUAGGAGCUCGUGAGACAGAGAAUGGACUUGUAGAAGCAGUUGCGGUUCUCGUAUCAAAAAUGCCACGCAUGCGUGUGGAUUUACCAUCUGGAAAGUUAGGUGAAUGUUAUAAUAACAAGUCUGAUUUUAUGAGGGCAUGGGAGAAAUGGCGAGCGCAAAUAACCAAAUUGGAUUGUAGUGCGUUCUGGCUUCAGUGCAGUCAUAAUCAAACCAAAGAAAACCUGAAAAAUUUGCUUCAAAUUUUGUUGGGAAACACUAGUACUCUGUCUAGUGCCACCUGUCAUUGGGUUGAGCUGUAUAUUGCUCACUUUCUAUAUAUCAGGCCCUUUACUUCGGGUUUAGAAAGUAUGUACGUUCUAGCUCAAAAAUGCAUCCAGUUGAAACCAGUUUCUACUCACCAUAAACUCAUGCGACUUAUACUUGGGAUUCUUGAAGAAAAUACAGAGGUUGUAUUGGCUGAGUGCUCAAGAUCAUUUGGUCCAUGGAUGAUUGCCCAUGCUACAGAGUUGCUGACAGCUGGCAGUGUUGAGGCAGAAAUUCUGUUAAAAGAAGAACGCGAUAAUUUAGGGGGGAUUAGCAUAGAGGAAUCUCAUAGACUCGUUUAUGCUCAAGUGUUAUCUUCUCAUGCCUUAACUUGGCAAAUUGCUCCGAUAUAUUUGAUAUCUUGUGUGAAACAUGGAGUUGGGUUGUUGGAAAUCUUGUUGUACAAGCAACCUGCAUAUCAUAGUCAAGUUCUCCUCAAGAACAUCGAGAUAUGUCGUAUGUAUGAUCUUGAUAGCGUGAGCUCAAACGCCAUGAAGAUUGCUGGAGUGCAUCACUGGAAGCAUGGUAGGAAAGGUGCAGGCGUCUUUUGGCUACAACAAGCCGGCGAUGAAACUCGCCUUAAUCGAAUCGCUCAAAAGUUGUUUGACUUUGUCGGAAAGUCAAUCUCCGACGAGAGUUUCGAGCAAUGGGAAGGAUUAAUUGAAUUAUUGGGCUCGGAAUCUAGAACUGCAGGGGGUCUUGAGUUUCUUCAUAAAUACCGGGAUUUUAAGAAAUCUCUGCAGCAGGUCCAAGAUGGCGUUUCUAUCGAUGCCGCUCGAAAAGCUGUUGAAGCUUUAAUAUCGCUUAUGAAAAAUCCUUCUACGCCUCAACGGUUUUGGCUGCCUCUUAUGUAUGAUUCGUUGAAGUUGCUCAACUGGCAAGAGCGGCCUCUGUUGAAUGUAUCUCAGACUAAUCUGCUACUGAAUAAGUUGCAAGAAUUAUUGGUGGCAAGACUGCGCCCUGAUUUUGUUGAGGUGGCGCUGCCGCCAGAAGCCUCGAGCUCUGUUAGGGUGGCUCUUGCCACUAAUUUAGGGCGCGCUAUCCUCGAGGAAUGAUUUUUGGAGCAUUUGAUAUACGAUUCGGUUCGUAUCAGACAUUAAAUAGAAACGAUCAAAGUUAGACGAAAAGAGUGGUACCGGCAUCCAACAUUGUCUGAAGCCUUGGUUACUGUAUUUUUUGAAGGUUUUUGUUAACUUUGACGUCUUUUAACUAUAUAUUGAUGUUGUGAAAUUAAGGGAUUCUUUUUGUAAAUAUGCAAGUUUUUUCAGUCUCGGAUUGAAUUUUAUGAUGAAAGAUAGUGUCUGCAAUUUGUUGAAAGUUGAACUUUAAGAAUGAUUAA